GACCAAUGACAGCAGCAUGUGGGCGUGUGUUGAGAGUGUGUGAGGUGCUUUUUGAGUUUAGUAAAUGACUGCAGCAAGAAAUACUGUGAGGCUGAGGGGCUUUUGAGCGAUGGAACAGACCCUGUGUGCUGAAAUAUCAACAUUUGGGCUUUUCUGACGAGGAUUCAAGAAAAACGUUGAAACAAAAAAUGAGCAGCGUCUCUUAACUGGACCAGACAAUGGAAGUAGCUUCAUGCAGCACUAACAAUUCACUCCAGGGAAACAAGUACGUAUUAAAUCAGACUACCUCAGCCAGAGGUAGCUAAAACUAACGUGUGGCUCGAAAGCGACACAUUUCUUCAUUGGGAUGCAUGUAAAAAGAAGCGUGGAGGAAAAGAGCAGACGCGUAUGUAUAUUUUUCCAGUGACUUUGGUGGCAUUCCGGCGCAGUGAUGAGAUAUAGUGUAUAGUUUCGUUUGUUAUGGAGCGUCUUUAGAUAUCCUCGGCGACUACGCAUCUAAUGCUGCUAUGGAUCGUCCGGAAUGAACAUCUGAAUUUAUCUCAUCGAGUUUUUUCACAGCGCUGCUUCCACCUGAAAUUCCGCAACCCGUAUGAAACAGGAGCUCCGCUUCACCUACACAGCCGUUGUCGGGAAAAUGACCAGCUCGUCUGUAUGCUCUUGAGAUUUGUUUGGCCUUUUUGGGAUUCUGAAACAAGCAAAGGACGAAUUGUUCACCUCAGAAGUGAGAGAAGAAGGAAUUGUAUGGUGCUCUGAGCUGUAACUACAUCUACUCAUCUCCAACCUGACACAAUGUUCGCACUCGGGAUUUAUUUGUGGGAAACUAUUGUAUUUUUCAGCUUGGCAGCGUCCCAACAAGCAGCGGCUCGGAAAGCUGCCUCUCCCAUGCCCCCGUCAGAAUUCCUGGACAAGCUUAUGGGAAAAGUGUCUGGUUAUGAUGCAAGAAUCAGACCUAAUUUCAAAGACCCACAAGGCUCCAAAUCGGAUGGUACUCACAAGAAAGGUCCACCUGUGAACGUAACAUGCAACAUUUUUAUUAACAGUUUUGGAUCUAUUGCUGAAACAACAAUGGAUUACAGAGUGAACAUUUUCCUGAGACAGCAGUGGAAUGACCCUCGGCUGGCCUACAGCGAAUAUCCCGAUGACUCCCUUGACCUUGAUCCCUCCAUGUUGGACUCCAUUUGGAAACCCGAUCUGUUCUUUGCCAAUGAAAAGGGAGCUAAUUUCCAUGAGGUUACCACUGACAACAAGCUUUUGAGGAUCUCCAAAAACGGGAAUGUUUUGUACAGUAUAAGAAUAACACUGAUUCUGGCCUGCCCCAUGGACCUGAAGAAUUUCCCUAUGGAUGUGCAGACCUGUAUAAUGCAGCUGGAGAGCUUUGGCUACACGAUGAACGAUCUUAUAUUUGAGUGGGACGAGAAGGGAGCCGUGCAGGUAGCAGACGGACUGACGUUACCUCAGUUUAUACUGAAGGAAGAGAAGGAUCUGCGCUAUUGUACCAAGCACUAUAAUACAGGGAAGUUCACCUGCAUAGAGGCUCGUUUCCACCUGGAGAGACAGAUGGGCUAUUAUCUGAUCCAGAUGUACAUUCCCAGUCUCCUGAUUGUCAUUUUGUCUUGGGUGUCCUUCUGGAUCAACAUGGAUGCUGCCCCUGCCCGUGUAGGUUUGGGCAUCACAACUGUGCUGACCAUGACCACCCAGAGCUCAGGAUCUAGAGCUUCUCUUCCCAAGGUCUCGUAUGUGAAAGCCAUUGACAUUUGGAUGGCAGUGUGCCUUCUCUUUGUCUUCUCUGCCCUGCUGGAGUAUGCGGCCGUCAACUUCAUUGCACGCCAACACAAGGAGCUGCUGCGCUUCCACAGGAGGAGAAGGCAUCUUAAGGAGGACGAGGCGGGAGACGGCAGAUUCAGCUUCGCCGCCUACGGCAUGGGUCCGGCGUGUCUCCAGGCCAAAGACGGCAUGGCCAUCAAGGGCAACAACAACAACGCACCCACCUCCACCAACCCCCCUGAGAAGACCGUCGAGGAGAUGCGCAAGCUCUUCAUCAGCCGCGCCAAACGGAUCGACACGGUGUCGCGUGUGGCCUUUCCGCUGGUCUUCCUCAUUUUUAACAUUUUCUACUGGAUCAUUUACAAGAUCAUACGCAGCGAGGAUGUUCACAAGCAGUAAAGAGAAUACACCCGCCUCUACGCCCCUCCCCUCGUCCCACCGUGCCCGCCUUUCUCUCACUGCAGUGCUCUCACUCGCUUUCGGUGAUGACGAGUCCCCGGCAGAGGUAUUUAUUCCUUUUUUUUUCGUCUCUUUCUCUCCUGUCCUCCUGAAUAAUCCGGACCUGUGCAAUAGCAAUGCAGUAAAAUGCAUGAUAUAUGAAUGUGGCAAUAUAUUUACUAAAAAAAUGAAAAUGACUAAAAGUAAAUAUCCAACUUAAGAACUUCUGAACUUGUGACUGGGAAUCCAAGAGGAGAACUUUUUUUGCAACUUGAAGACGCACUGCAUUGCGAGAAUAUGGAGAAACAUUACUGCUGUAAUAUAUCAUAUAUUUAAAUGAUAAUACUUCCAUAAGAAAGUCAUUGAAAAUGAAACAUUUUUGGGGUCUCGAGGCAGUUUGGGGCUUCCAUGAAUACACAAUGAAAAUGUUGCAGAGACCGAGAUUUGUUUUGGUCCUGGGGUCUUACGAUGUUUCAUUCUGAUGUCGAUUAUUAAUGGAUCUUGAUGAGUGCCAGUGAAAAAAAAUUAUUUAUUCGAGCUGUGGUCAAUGUGUUCCUCUAUCUGUGCUCAUUUCAAAAUUUAUUUAUUUAUUUAUUUAUUUAUUGUUUAAAACAUCAGAUUAUGUUCUGUUCGUGUGCCAAACCUCAUCUUUCAAGUUGACCAAAAAAAAAAAAAAAAAAAAAAAAUUAUUAUUCAUGUGUUCAUUGUUUGAUAUAUUAAAUGCUAAAAUAACCACGAGGGGGAAAAAACACAAAUAAUUUAUUAAAUAAAUAUAGAUAUACAGUAUGUAAAAUAAAUAAAAUAUACCUUUAAGCAUUUUUUUCGCUUUGCAUUCUUUUGUUUUGCCAUCGUUUUCAUCAUCAAUUUGGAAUAUGUCAGAAACGGGCGGAAGAGAGAAAAGCGAAGGGAUCUUUCAUAUCUCAUACUUCAACGGUGUUAUUUUUCUAAGCUUGGUUUAGCCGUCCAGCCAGUGCCAUGAUACUAGAUCUAUAUUUCCAACCAAAUGUAUAUUACGGUGAUUUUUCAAACUAUAUGUAUAAACACUGCAUUGUGCAACAGAAUAAAGAAGUGCACAAAGGUUUAGUUUCUGAAAUUUAGGAUGCAUCUUCAUCUGGCUUCUCUAUGCAAUAAUCGUAUAUGCAAUUAUUUUUCAGUGUUCAUCUUGUCGAAUAUGGCCGUUUUAUUCUGAAGGCCCUAAAAGAUGCUAUUUCGUACAUGUUCAAUUUUCUCUUCCAGUCACGCUCAUUUGCUGCCUUUGCAUGGCGAGGCUUUUUUCGUGGCGCAGAUGAUAUAGAUGUCAUUUUUCACUUUUGUAAUGUUUUGUUUGACUGCCGAACUGAAGAGAAACACCAUUAUAUAAAGUGAGCAUGUGUCCAGGCUGUGUGAUAGAUGCUCCGUGUAGGAUAUGCAAGAUUUUGCCAUGCGUGACAUAGAUAUUUUUGUUUGUUUGUUUAAAACCAAAGAGCAGUUUUGUUACUCUGUAGUCGUUUGCCUUUCAGGUUUUGACUAGAUUUUGUUGUCUCCAUUUCAUCCUGUUUGACCAAUUUUGUAAGACCUGUAACAUUUGUAAUUUAUUCAGUUUUUCAGACAUUUAUUGGAGAAAACCUACAAGCAUAUAUCUUUGUACAUUUUGUGACAGAAAAUAUUAGCUAGAAAAAUGAACUUCCAUCUAGGUCCAAGUAGUGGUAUCAUAAUGCUUUGUUGUACGUAUAUGAUUUCAGUUGAGAGUAAAGGUAAUUGAUGGCACAUUUAAUUUAUUUCUAUUCAUUUCAAGGCAUCAUGGUAAAUUUGAAGGGCUAUUUUUUGAUGAUUAAUGUCAAAUCUUCUCCCUCAAAUGAAUCGGCUUGUGACAAAGUGCUCAAAUGUGUGAUCUGAAAACUGGUUUAUACCUCACCAGUGAAGACACUGGAUUACACUAUAUAUAUAUUCGACCUCGCUGUAUGAUAUACGUCCAGCAGAAGCCGAGUUCUACUCGAGAAGAAGGUUGUAAUGUGAAACGCUAUCUACACACAGCACAAUGUAGCAAGAACACAUUUCACACAUCAUUUGAAUGUUCACACGUGAUGAAUUGUGCUGAAAGGAGUGUUCGCGACUGGAUCUGUGACAUUGCAAACGGUAUUAAUGAUCAUUGUUGUUUGAAAAUGGUGGUUCUUCCAGCAGGUUAAACUUCAUCUGUGAGACUGAUAGAGGCACACCAUGUAUGAUAUACAUCACAGUGUACAUACAGUGUGGAAAGUGAUAAAGUUGCUUUAUACACUUGAUGUGCUCAUUCUUGACUCUGAAAUGGGAAACUCAAAUAUGUAGUCAAAAACACAUUUAGAGAACAUUUGUAGAAAUACGUUGAGCUUCAUGUUGAUGUUAACGACCGAUUUGUUUCUUGACGAACCCUGCUUAAGGCUAUUCACCAUGCUGCCGGACUGUCCCGUGUGUAAAUGACAGCAGUGACGCCCUGGGCCCUCUCACACGCAAUAUACAAGACGAGUUAUAACGAGUAACACAAGGACAGUGUGAUGUGAAAUAUGUGCUAUAUGCAAAUACGAUUUGUUCCUUGGCUUAAUAAUCAUGAAAAUAUCAAUCUAAUGUCCUGAUGGUUUCUGAAUCUUCUUUUGAGGCAUGUUUCUUUUGUUUGUGGAGUUUAGUUCUUUCUUUAUUUGUCCGUUCGUUGUUUUGAUUAAUGCCACCUUGGAUUUGAUCGCAGCUGCCCGGGAAGUGGUGAACUCUGAGCGACGACUGGCAUGGCGAUCGUAUGUAACUUAUGUACGCAAAACUGUGGGUAAAAUUUUAUUUUUGCACAAGCUGGUAUGGCCUUAAUUUUGGGGUUUAUUUGCUUCUAUUGUGUAUUGGCACAAAGUGCAUCUCUUCAUUUGCUUCUUGUCAUAAUCCGAGUGCACUUCCAAGCAGUGAAAAGAACAGCAAAUUCUUAUUUUUAUGUUCCAAUACUAAAACAUGGAAUUUUUUGCAUGAAUAGAAUUAAAUGGCAGAUAUUUUUGGCUUGUACAGAAAUGUGAGCAAUUUGAAGAAAAACGGAAUGUACCAUUUCUGCUAUAUCUGUAUAUAACACAAUAUUUAUUGAAAUAUGUCAUAAUGCUAAAUCUAAUUCUACUAUUAAAGGUUUUCUGAACUAAAACAUCUGAA